AUGGCGGCGAGCGGCUCGGGCCCGUGGCUGCUGCUGGCCGUGGUUCUGUGCGCGGCGGCCGAGCAGCGCUGCCCGUCGUGCCCGGAGGCUUCGGAGAGGCGGCUGCUGGAGGAAGUGGCCAAGAAGCAGCUGCUGGAAAAGCUGCGGCUCCGCGAUCGACCGCGGCUCGCUCACUCCGUGCCACGCUCCGCCGUGGCCCGAGCCCUGCGGCGGCUGCACCGGAGCCCCGGCGUUAGCGGCGAGGAGGAGGAGGAGGAAGAGCAGGGCUACGAGAUCAUCAGUUUCGCCGAGACAGAUCUCACAUCUCCCUCCUCUUUGGGGCUGCAAUUCCAGUUCAGCCAGGCGCAGGACCGGGACUUUCGCAUCCUGCAGGCUCAGCUCUGGCUCUACCUGCGAGUGCCCCGUGCCAGCCUCACCCUGCGGAUCUUCCUGGCCGGUGAAGCCGGGCCCGCGGCCGGGGGGAAUCGCACGCUGCUGGGGGAGAGGCGGCUGAGCGCGGCGGGCAGCGGCUGGCGCUCCUUCGCCCUCCUGCCGGCCCCGCAGAGCUUCCUCGGCGGGCAGAGCCGGACGCUGCGGCUGGAGCUGGAGAGCGGCGGGGACGGGAGGGAUGUGACGGCGCAGGUCAACGCCAGCUGGUCCCACCAACCCUUCCUGGUGGCCAAGGUGAAGGUGAAGGAGCCCGACCACCGCGUGGCCAAGCGCAGCCUCCGCUGCAGCCAGAACUCCGACCUGUGCUGCCGCAAGGAUUACUACGUGGAUUUCCGUGACAUCGGUUGGAACGACUGGAUCAUCAAGCCCGAGGGCUACCAGAUAAACUACUGCGUGGGCCAGUGCCCUCUGCACGUGGCGGGCAGCCCCGGCAUGGCCUCUUCCUUCCACACAGCCGUCUUCAACCUCGUCAAAGCCAACAACAUCCAGGCCUCGGGGCAUUCCUGCUGCGUGCCCACGCGGCGCCGGCCGCUCUCCAUCCUCUACUUCGACCGCAACAGCAAUAUCGUCAAGACUGACAUUCCCGACAUGAUUGUCGACGCUUGUGGCUGCAGUUAGGGCUGGGGGAGCUGUGCUGGGACCCUCCCUUCUCCAGGACUGUCCCUUGGGUGGAGGGGGAGGGAGACGGAGAGCUCCAUGAGCUGGAGUCGGCCCUCGGC